UGUCGUUAAACCAAUUGCAUGCAAUGCUUGCCUUGAGAGUUGUUAAUUGUUUCUUCUUUGAUUCUAUAAGAGUUAAAACGGUGUGAGCAUUGCAUCACAUCAUUACAUCAACUAUCAUCAUUCCAUUUCUCUCUCCUUGCUGUUGCUGUUGCUGUUGCUGCUGUUUGUACGCUCUGAUCUUAGAGAUGGGGCGACCUCCUUGCUGCGACAAAGCCAAUGUCAAGAAAGGCCUUUGGACACCGGAAGAAGAUGCUAAGAUACUUGCAUAUGUAUCUAACCAUGGAGUCGGUAAUUGGACUCAGGUUCCUAAGAAAGCAGGACUCAAUAGAUGUGGGAAGAGUUGCAGGCUUAGGUGGACUAACUACCUGAGGCCUGACCUUAAGCAUGAAGAAUUUACAGAACAAGAAGAGCAGCUCAUUAUUCAGUACCAUGCAGCUAUAGGCAGCAGGUGGUCCCUAAUAGCGAAACACCUGCCAGGAAGAACAGACAACGAUGUGAAAAAUUACUGGAAUACCAAGCUGAAAAAGAAGCUUGCUAAAAUGGGAAUUGACCCUGUUACUCAUAAACCCAUCUCAAAAAUCCUCUCUGAUUAUGAAAGUAUCAGCUGUCUCUCCAAUAACCACCAAAUGAGAUCUCUUGACCAAAACUUAACCAAUUCCUUCUCUCAGUGUAGAAUAUCACCAACUGAUAAUCCGGAAACUCAGUUCCAAGAUGUUACAUCUUUUAACCAUUAUGUUUUAGAAGAAAUAUCACCUUCAUCCUCUUCGUCCUCCACAACAUCAAUAUCAAAUGGGCAAACGAGCUCACACCUGUUGGUAUCAGGUGCAGCCUACAGUUGGGGGCAUAAAAGCUCUGUUGAUCCUCUUUUAAAUACUGAUAUUACAGAGGAAGAGCACAACUACCAGGGGUUUCUAGCAACAGAUUUUCAGCCCCAAAUUCAGGAGAAUUCAUCGCAAUUUCAAACCAUUGGUGUAAAUCACACGAGCAGCAAGGUUACAGAUGACAAGCUUGAGAUGGCAGACUGUAAAGUUGCAGCUAAGAAUUCUGUAAGAAGCAGCUGCUAUGACUAUGAGCCUUCAUCAGUGAACUCCUUUGUUAUGGCACUUUUUGAUCGUGACAGCCAGAUUCAGUUAGAUUUUCCAGCUUUUGAUGACAUUUUAGACUACUAAUUUUGACCUAAUUGGCCUUUUUUCGUCUCCUUCAUUUGUUUUUUCUUUUGGAAAUAGGCUACUAAUUUGAAAGUGUUAGAGUUUGAUGCUGUUUUUUUGUUUAUCUAACUGGAAUAAACUUGGAAAAAGCAAAUGGCUUGUUCAGUUAUGUUAUUCAUUUGGUUUAGAA